CUGCACUAAGAUUUGCAGCAGUUGAUGUCUCCACACGUAUUUAAAAUGUGGACAGUUUAGACUAUAUUGAUGCCUCUAGUAAUGUAUAACUACAGUUUUAAUCUAUGACAGUGAAGAUAAUAAAGGAACUACUUUUUGCACCCUUGUGAUUGCCUGAUCGUUGAUGAGAUCUCACCAAUACUGUGCUCUAGUUUUCUGCAAUGUGUUGUCUAUGUGAUCUAUAUCAGUUGCUAUAUCAGUAUUAUGAUAUCCAUGUUUACAUUAUAAUCAAACACAUGACCUGAUUAGAACACCUUCAGGUGGAGAAAAGGCAGAUUGUCCAGCCUGGAGUGCAGUGAUUGUACUUUCAGGUUCCUGCUGUUUUUUUUUUUAAAUCAUUGAAAAUUGCAAGCACCUGCCAACCAGGUGGUAAAUCCAGCUGUGAAUCUGUCCCCAAUCUGACUGGUCACAAUGAAAACAACCCGCUCUGCUACUUGACAACCACUAAAAGGCUUGCUGCAAUCAGCUGAUGUGGAGUCUGAUUACUGAAAACACACAUCUGCCUCUGUCUUGACUUGUCAUGUGCUGUGUACGUGAGUGCAUGCACGCACGCCUCCUCCUCCUCGUGGGCAAAUUAAGCUUGCACCAAUCACCACAAGCCGUAUUGUUUUAAUUUUUUGCACAUUGGAUCAUUAAUCGAUGCUAGUACUUUAUGCAUGCAGUCAGUAGUCUGCUUGUUAUGUAAUCCUUCUCCCUCUUUUGUUAUCAACGGGACGGUCUGACGUCAUCACCCAGCCCCGGGAAGGUCUGUCUAAGCGGCUCGCGAGCGCUGCUGCUCCCAGACCAGCUAACGGGCGAAAAACAAACUGCAGCGGUGCUUUAGCUUAGCUUAAGCUAGCCGCGCUCGCUGUUGGGGAAAAACAGGGCAGUAGGCCACUCGGGUGAGCUGUACUAUCGCACGUCUGAAUGUGUGCAGAUAAGGUAGUGCGCGUUUUUGAAUCUUUUAUCCAACCCGCCCCGCUCACCAGGCUCCACGAUGUCCGACGCUGCUAACUCUACUUCUGCAGACAACAACGGAGAAUCCGGGCUGAACGGGUCCUGGGUGGAGUUAGAGAUGAACAGAGGCACAGCCGGAGCAGCCCAGUCAUCCUCCACAGGCGGCCCGGCCCCAGGCCUCCUGCCCCUCCCUCAGGUGGAGGAAGAAGAGGCCAUGGUGGGGGGGCUGGAGCACGUCCCAUCCUCAUCCUCAAUCCACAACGGAGACAUGGAGAAGAUCCUGCUGGACGCCCAGCACGAGUCAAGCCGCAGCAACUCCUCCUGCGACAGCCCUCCGCGGCCACACAGUCCCCAGGAUGACGGACAGAUCAUCUUUGACGUGGACGUGAGCGCCAGAAGAGACAGCCUAUCAGAAGAGGACGCGUUGGACAAGGAGAGGGACAUGGACAUCCUGAUGAAGGACGCAGACUGGGUUGCUGACUGGUCUAGUCGACCAGAAAACAUUCCCCCCAAGGAGUUUCAUUUCCGUCACCCUCGCCGCUCAGUAACACUCAGCAUGAGGAAGACUGGAGCCAUGAAGAAAGGAGGAAUCUUCUCCGCUGAGUUCCUCAAAGUCUUCAUCCCCUCGCUGCUACUAUCACACAUCCUCGCUCUGGGGCUGGGAGUCUACAUCGGAAAGAGGCUGACCACGCCACCCGCCAGCUCUUUCUGAACCUGAAACUGAAGAAAAGUGCCUGAGAAGUGGCCAUGACGUUGUUUGGAGAAAGUUUUGCUGUUGUGAGAAGAACGGCCGUGUCUUCUCCCUCUGUCCCGCCUGUCCCCGCUUCCCCUCCCCGUCCCUGAGAUAUGACAUGUUCUCAGGAGUAAUGCAUCUCUCCUCCCCCCCUCCUCCUCCUCCUUCCCCCACCCUUUAUUUCUUAAUCGGCUGUUCUCUGACUGUCUGUAGAUACCCCCCCUCCUCCUCUUUUACGCCUUAUAUCCUUCAGUCAUUUGUGUAAGCUUUUCAAAGAAUGCAUAAGGUCCCAUAUUUUCCAUAUUUCUCUUUCCCCCAGCGAUUGGGUUCAGUGUUUCUAACGGGUGGGUUUUCAGGGAGGGUCGCAGCAUCAAACCAAACUCUUCUACUACAUACGACCCCUUGAUCAUGUGACAACAAGGGCGGACUGACCAGUUUUUAGAAUUGACCACAGAUUGUGCCACCUACAUGAGUAGCCCAACACUCGAUCUCGAAAAAGGGUUUCGGCCAAAUUCAGAGUCGACCACGCGAGCUGAAAAUGUAAUCAUGCCUUCUUGAAAGUAGCCAUUUUCUUUAGGAAAUAUUGUUUUUUUUUUUUAUUUAUUUUACAACAGCGGUGGUGUAUUGAGAAUGAUGUUGAGUUACCAUAGUGGCCAUCCUAAACCACAAGCGCUCAUGAAUUGCACUGGGGAAGUCUCUGAAGGCUCUGACAGCCAGCCAGAGAUUUUUUCUUUGAUGGAAACUAGAAAUUAAAAUCAAUUCAGAAUGAAUACUUUGCAAAGUGACAAUAACUGGAAACCAGGGUGUCGAUGUGUGUUGUGCAGGCAGGCAGGCGGUGUGUACACUAACAGUAUUUCAUGGUUGGGUCUUGGUAACGCCGCUGUACGGUCCAGAAAGGUUCAGGCGUCUGUCCAAACUGUCAGUGUUGUCCUUCUAUUGAGCUUCCUGGUUUGUCUGCAACAUAUCGGCAAGCUGCUUUUUGUCCCGACCACUCAGAUCCCUCUUUACUUUUACUCCAGAUUAAUCGAUUAGCUACCAAAAAUAUUCAAACGUUGAAAGAUUUGAAAUAAACAGAGCUUAAAUUACUGCCAUUUUUUUUUUUUUAGAUUUGAGUAAAUUUAUUCAAAAGUCAAUUAUUUCAGGUAAUAUAAUUGACUUUCACUUUCAGUAGAAUUGCUUGUGAAACAUGUCCAGCCCUGCUUUCUAGCACUCCAACACAUUUGCCAAAAUUUCCACAGAAAUGCUUCAUCAAGCUUCAAGAUGAAGGGAACUAAUUCCAGGGUUUUGACAGGUAGAGGGCCAUCCUCAUGUAGACAAAGGGAGGUUUGUCUUUACCUACCGAGGCUCUGCUUUAUGUAUAAACAGAGGUACGUGGCUAGCGUGUUCUGUAAGGUGCGCAGCAUGAUUGAAAAGCUUGAGUUUGGACUGUAGUUCAUUUUUUAUCCCAAGUAGACCUUACACAGCCCGAACUGGGUCAAAUAAUAUUUAAAACGAAUGUUUUUCUCUUUCUUUUGGAGCAAACUCAUCCCAGCCUGAGGUAAAUAAUUCCUAGAAAUCUGGUAACUUGGUAUUUAUGGAAGCUCUAAGAGGAAAAUGGAAAAAGAAAUCUGCUGAUUCCUUUUUUUUAGUGUCUGUUUUGUGUUAUUUUCUCUCCUGUGUUUAUGACUUACAAACCGGUGUGGAAAAAGGUUUUGCCAGGAUAUUCUUUUUAAGUUUCCUACUUUUUUGAUCUGUUAAAACGGGUAAAAUAAAAUUGCAGGUGAUUUUUUUUUUUUGUGGUCAGGACCAACUAUUUGUUGUAAUACUCAUUUCGGCCACAAGGGGCUGUUCUAAAACUUACCUGGAACAUGAGGUAGUGGUGCACUUGUGGCUGAAGUUAGUUUUACAGUGACAAACACUGAAAAAAUUAUCCUGACAUUUUUUAUCACCUGGCACUUAAAAAAGACAUGUAGAAAGAUUGUCCUCACAAAACCUUUUUUUCACCUGUAUUUCAUUCACAAACACAGGAAAGAAAUAAAACAGACUGUAAAAUGGAUCACCAGCUUGUCUUGCCUCAGGACUUCUGUAGAUAUUUUCUUUUUCACAGCAUUUGCAGUUUUUCUAACGCUUUUUAUUUUAUUUUUUUUAGAUGUAGAGGUUUUAACUCUUAGGCUUAAAAGUGAGCAUUCUACUAGCUGACAUUGCUUUGUUGCCUUUUCAAAAUAUGAUUUUCUGAUUACUGCAGUUCAGUGUUACAUUUAAUGCAAGAAAAAAGAGAGUAGACAAAAAACAGCAUCAACUUCUAUGAGUUCUGACUAUUGUUAAAGUAAAUGUAGGUCACAACUUAAAGAAAGUUUUCAGUUUGGGGUUCGACUUGAAGGCGUACAUGUGAAGUAUUGGAAAUAAAUCCCACCUAACUUUUUCUGCUCUCGACAGCUACUUGAAGUAAACUCAGCUUCUUUUUGAAAUAUUUUUUUCCUGCAAAUACUAUUUGACCCAGCAGGUCGACUCAGGACGUGUUAUCUUUUUAUUUUACCUUUAACGACAGACGACAGUGAUCGGAGUAUUGUCUCCAUGUCAGCCACAGCGCUACGGUAUUUUUGUCUGCCUGUGUUUGUACAUGCAGUGUUUGACAUGCAGCGGCGUUUCGGAUCGUUCUUUCCUGUUUGGUUUGUUUCGUCUGUUAUUUUUUUUCCUGAUGUUGCAGAAAGAUUGUGAACGCACAGAGCGGGAGUCGAGAUAAAAAGUGUAAAGAAUGAACCCUUAUUGUUGAUGGCAGGGCCUAAUGUGAAUAGAGAGAGACUUCCCUCAGGCUGCGAUGGUCUAACACUAGUUAUUGUAAUGAUGCAUUUGCUUUGAUUUUCUUUUUCCCAAUACAUUGGAAGAAUUGAUGAACAUUUUGUCAUUAAAGAUUACCUGAAUGAA